GUCGUUCUCUUAAUCUCUUGUACUCUUGCGUAUCUCGCCAAACUCGGUUUGCUCGCGAAACGCUGUUUCAAACACCGUACAUAACAUAACGCAGACACAGCCAUGUCUUCCAUCCGCUACUCGGUCAUCGUUCCCGCCUUCCGGGAGAAUGGCAACAUCCGCGCCCUGGUCACCCGCAUCUUCGGCGCGCUAGCGCAGGUAAACUCCCCCGUGAACCCGGCGGAGGUUGAGGUGAUCAUUGUGGACGACAACUCGCGCGACGGCUCCGUCGAGACUGUCGAAGGCCUCCGCCGCGAGGGCUACAACGUCCGCAUCAUCGUCCGCACAACAGAGCGCGGCCUCAGCAGCGCGGUCGUGCGCGGCUUCCGGGAGGCGCAGGGCGACAGCAUGCUCUGCAUGGACGCGGACCUGCAACACCCUCCCGAAUACGUGCCCGCCAUGCUUGCAUCCAUGUCGCCCACAAAACAAUUCGCGCUCGGUACGCGGUACGCCGCAGGCGUCGAGAUCGACGAGGGCUGGCCGCUUUACCGUCGCGUCAUCUCCUCCGGCGCGCGCAUGCUUGCGCUCCCGCUCACCUCCGCCAGCGACCCCAUGUCCGGAUUUUUCGGCAUUCGCAAAGAGACGUUCCUGAAGGCGCGUAACCUGAACUCGGACGGGUUCAAGAUCGCGCUCGACCUGCUUGUGAAGUGCGCCAUCCCUGGCGAUGCGAUCGCGGAGGUGCCGUUCUCGUUCGGCGUCCGCGCGGAGGGCGAGUCGAAACUCACCGGCAAGGUCAUGAUCCGCUACCUCGAGCAGCUCGCGGAGCUGUACUGGUACAGCUUCAGCUCGCUCAUCAUCUUCGCCGCGAUCCUGCUCUUCGUCGUAUUCGUGCUCCUGGCGCGGUCAGUGCUCAGCUCGUAUGGUGGCCUCGACGGGAAGGCGCAGAGCAAGUACUGAGGCGCGGUCUCUGGAUCGGCAUCCGGCAUCCGCAGGCAUGGAGAUGAUUCGUCGGAGGUGUUGUGGAGCUGAGCGGACGGGUCUGUACAAGUAUGCGUAAUGUUAUUGUCUCGCUUCUCCUGUGCCGGACACUGUUUAUACCUUUAUAGGACCAAAGAUGCCUAGGAAAUACCGCACGCGACGCAACCACUUCUCC